AUGUUUGGAACUUGCGCGGAUGUCAAGUGGUGUGUUGCGACGCAGUCGCAGGCUUCAGGAGAAAAUAAGGUGGAGCUGGAUGAUAAAACAGGGACUAUUACCGAUUUCUUGAGCAGCUCCAUAGCAAGUUACAAUAUCGCAGAGAAGAGUACUGCUACUUCUCCCAGAAAGAACACAAGAAAACGGAAAGGAAAUAUUUCCACUUCUGAAUGUCAAUUACAAAAUGUUUCGAUAAAAAAGAUGAGAGUUAAGGAGAGUAAACAAGAUGAAAAGUUGACAAAUAGAAACGGUACUAAAAAAGCAAGACGAAAACGACGGUCUCCAAAGAAGUUGGCCUCUAAAUCUGAAGGAAUGCAAGAUUCUGCACCAAAAAAGCAGCUAAUUAAAAGAAAUGAAAAGUGUGAAAAACCUGCGCCCAGUUUGUCAUGCGACGGAAGUAGUUCCAGUUGUUCGGAUGAUGAAUGGGAGAAUGUCGAUGAGUUUGAUUUUUCUAACAGUGCUGUACUACCAACUACUAUCGAAGUAACAAUUAAGAAACCAAAAAUGAAAGUAAAAACGAUGGAAACGGUGGAAACUCGAAGAGCACGCUUUAUUAAACAACAUGUCAAUCAAAAACUUCGUGAACGACAAAUUCAUUGUCACAAGAUGCACCUGCUUUGUUACAUUGCACAUUUGCGUAUGUGGAUACACACAUUGUUAUGUGAUCAGUAUUUGGCGUCAGUGUGUUUAUCAAUGAUACCCGAACAGCUUGUCGCGGCAGCUCGUCCUGAUUUUAAUAUUACAGUAGCAGAAAAAUUUGUUCAUUGGUUCAAAACAGCAUAUCAACCAGCCAAAAAAGUUUAUAUGGUUAAGGGUGAUUUCAGUGCUGCUCAGCUUCAUCGGUUAGAAGAAUUAAUUGCUGGACAGUUCUACGAAAGCGAUAAGGAUUUGGCAUCUCUGUUGUUUUUGAAUCUCAUUGCUUUGAAACAAACAGCUCGCCUUUGUUUAUCGUGUCAGCCAAUGCCGUUCAAACUGGCAGUGCGACAACGACCUUUGGAAGCGAUUGAAUCUCUUAUCAGUUAUUAUGGAUCAAGAAAGCUUACAGCUAAUGACUAUAGAGAAUGGCCGGGAAAACUGGAAGAGACAGUAGAAAAAAUUGUACUGUUUGACGGCGGGAAACAAAAUGAAAAUGACAGUGCUUCAGUUGGCAGACUGAGUCUGAAAAGGAAUUACUGGGUGGAAUUUUGGGAUGAGAAUUCCCGUCGUUGGAUAUGUUUGGAUCCAUGGACCGGAUCGAUUGAUAAGCCAGAAGCAGUAGAAGCUGAUGCUACUCCACCCAUGCAUUACGUUCUUUGUAUUGAUAACGAAUAUGGAAUGCGUGAUGUAACAGCACGUUAUGCUUCCAGAUAUCUGACACCUGCAGUUCGACGACUGUGGGUGAAUCAAGACUGGUGGAAUGAUACAUUAGAGCUUUAUCAGAGUAGGAAUGUAAUGCGUGAGCGACUCGAAGAUAUUUCAAUCGAGCAAUAUCUCUUUUCCAAACCAAAGCCCACAUCAGUACCAGAGUACAAAAAUCACCCGUUAUAUGUAUUGGAGAAGGAUUUGUCAAAAUAUGAAACAAUAUAUCCAGAAAAUCAACAACCCGUAGGGAAAAUCAAGGACUUUAAUAUAUAUCUACGCAGUUCAGUUCAUAGACUUGAUGGUGCAAUAAACUGGAUGAAGAAGCUUCGGUCAAUCAAACCUAACGAAAAACCAUACAGAGUUGUACAAAAAAGGUCUUGUAAUCGUGCUUUAUCAGAAUAUGGUGGACCAAAAACUGUUGAUUUAUACGGCCGAUGGCAAACGAUACCAUAUGUCACUCCGAAAAUUGUUGAUGGUCGUGUGCCACGCAAUGAAUUUGGCAAUUUAUAUGUUUACAAAAACACUAUGAUACCAGACGGUUGUGUUCAUCUGCAGCUGAAUGGAUUGGUAGCUAUAGCUCGCAAACUUGGCAUUGAUUGUGUUCCUGCAGUUGUAGGAUGGAAUCAUUGUAGAGGGGGUACUCAUCCCAUCCUUGAUGGAUGCGUAAUUUUGAAAGAGCAUGAAAAUGAACUUCGAGAAGCCUGGUCGAAACACUAUGAAAAAAAGAAAAUGACCGCGAAAUUGGUUGAUUAAACAGCAAUAUUUGAUCUUUUUUAUCACUAAGAUUUCAUUUUAGCUUUAAAAAAAAGAAUCGGAACUAAGAGAAAGGGUCAAAAUUUUUGUAUGAUAAUUCCAGAAACAAACGCAACGAGCCAUAAAAAACUGGCGAAGUUUGAUGAAGGGAUUACUAACACUGAAAAAAGUUCGAGCUAGAUUCGCUUUCAAGGAUCACCAUGAGUUGCAUGCUGACGAAAAGUUAGAGAAUGUUGAAAAAGCUGAGAAAAAUGCGACAGUGACAACUAACGAUGCGGGAGCACUUACUUGGCCGGCAGCCGUAUAUAGCUUGCCUGAUAUUAAUUCGAAAUCAUAACUGAUCUGUUGCUUGCCUACUAUUUCAGUGAAUAGUAAAUAUCAUCAAAGGCCUUAUUUGAAAGAAGAGAAUGGUUUCUUUUUCUGGGAAAAAAAUUCUAAUCUGCAGUCUGCAAACUUUGGGAUUCAAGUAAAUUUCAUGUUUAAGAUUAGAAUUCAAGUAAAUUCCAUCUUUAGGGUUUUUCAGACAGCUCGUUUCCUGACUAUUCCUAUGCUAUUAUUUUUCCUAAAAAGUGAGCAAUAAGGAGAAAGUAGCUUCUUUCGAUAUUCUCUUUUGAUGUGGAUUCAUACUUUGCCCUCAUUCAUAUCAGCUUCUUAUUACAGCUCUUCUGGGAAGAAAUUUCCCACAACGUUGACAAUUUCAACGCUUAAUUUGAAGCUAGUUCCCUGCUAGUGUGUAAGUAAUGUACUAAUGUUUCAUCUUGUACUUUUUUCAUCCUCUUUAGUUUCAUCUUUCUUGUUUAAGAAUGUUUAGGAAUUCACCGUGAUGUUAGUGACCUUCGCUUAUACCUUAUCAUGGUAAUUUUUGCUUGCCUUUGAAAUAUUUUUGCUCCUUGUCUUCAUUUUGUCAUGUACAGUUGUCUUUUUUGACCAAUAUCGAUACAUUUCCUUACUUUAUUUGUAUAUCCUUAUAUUUCUUAUGAAAAAGUAAAUAAAG